GGCAUAUCGACUCCAUCUCUGACCCGCGCUCGUCUCUUUUCACUCUCUCUCUCACACCGACAGACAGCCAGACCCGACAGAAUGGCAGCCUCCAUGAUCAAGGCGGCAACGGCAGCCGUAUCGGCCGGAAACAUGAUGCGUGCGCAGGCUGGUCGUGUGGGUACUGCCGUGGCAGCACAGCGUCGCCUACUUCACGCUGCAGCCCCGCUGCGCGGUGAUAAGCUCUUUGUGCACCGUGACACUGAGAAGAACAACUCGAGCAUCGCUUUUGAGUUUACGCCUGAGAACAUGAAGAAGGUCGAGGCCAUCACUGCUCAGUUCCCGCCCGGCCACCGUGCCGCCGCCUGCAUUCCCGUGCUGGAUCUGGCCCAGCGCCAAUACGGCGGCUGGUUGCCCAUCUCCGCCAUGGAUGAGGUCGCUCGCGUCCUGCAGAUGCCCAAGAUCCGUGUGUACGAGGUGGCUUCGUUCUACACCAUGUUCAACCGCGACCCCGUCGGCAAAUAUCACGUUCAAGUGUGUACCACCACGCCGUGCAUGGUUCGCGGUGCCUACAACAUCUUUGAGCAUCUUCAGAAGAAGCUUGGCCUGCACAACGGCGAGACGAGUGAGGACGGCAUGUUCACGCUCCUCGAGGUCGAGUGCCUCGGAGCCUGCUCCAACGCCCCCAUGAUCCAGAUUAACGACGAAUACUACGAGGAUUUGGAGUUGGCCGACGUGGAUCGCAUCAUUGAGGCGCUGCGCAAGGGUGAGACCCCCAAGCCUGGUCCCCAGAAUGGCCGCAAGGCUGCCGAGCCUCUGGGUGGUCUGACUGCCCUGACUUCAGAGCCCGUGGAUGGUGCUCACAAGUUCCGCACCGAUGGCAAGCUCUAAUGUGCUUUUCUCGGCGGUUUUCGAGGCUGGGCCACAGGCAUGUGGGGCCUUACCUCCUCCAUGCCCCCUUGUUAGUCUUGCCUGGUCCAUCCCUUCCUUUUACCAUGCCUCUUUCCUAGUCUCCCUCUCCUUUCGUCUCCUCUCCCCCCCCUUUUUUUUUGUUUGCGCUUGUGCUCCUAUUACCCCUUGGUCGGUCAAGCCAUUGGAGUUUUGUAAUUCCGACAAGAGGAGGUCGGCAUGGUGUUCGUCACCCACCGCGACAACGGCCCUGGUCAUAUCGCAACAACGCUUCUCCAUUUCUUAUCGUAGGCACGGUGUGCUCCCUUUGUGCUUUUUCUUUUCUUUCUCUCUUCUUUUUAUGCUCGGCUGUAGACACUUUGCCGCAGCAACAAACUCCCCAGUGUCUUUGUUUUCUCCAAAAUCGAAGGAAAAAUUU